UCACCGAAAAUCAGUUUGCUUCGAGUUGUCCAAGCGCAAGUGCAGCAUCAAAUCAAAGAUACAGACAUGGCCCGUGCCGUAGCUCUUCUUCUCCUCGUUGUAGCAGUCGCUACUACUAUUAAUGCCGGUCCCGCUUGUGGCCCAAACGAAGUGUUUAACAGCUGUGGUUCGUCAUGUCCGGCUACCUGUCAACAUCCAACACCUCCCGUCUGUACACUGGCCUGCAUUCCCGGAUGUGACUGCAGGGAUGGACACGUGAGAAAUUCUUUAAACCAAUGUGUACCUCUUCACAGUUGUUAAUCGAGCAAGCAUGAUUUCAAAAAGCAACAACAAUAUACCGGAUUAAAAAACCAAGCGCAUCUGAUGUGGAUAUAUAAUUAAAAUUUUGUUUCUAAUCAUUUAUACGUAUGCUUUUACUAAUACUUAGUUUAUCUGGAGAUGUGAUUGUUAAAGAUAUCGAAUAGUCUAUAUCUGGUGUGAAGAUACUACAUCGCAUUGUAACAGAACAGUAAUACUUUAACAGUUCGUAAUAAAACAUAACAAAUACAUUA